CACGGAAGUAUCGUCGCUCCGUAUUUUGUGCAUUUUUCACCCCUUAAAUCCGCAAAUUAAUUCCCGCUCCCCGUAAAAUGUGCUAGACGACGCGACGGGACAUCGUAAAAGCCAAAAAACACCCCGAAAAAACGGAAAUUUAACUGAAAAACCUGCGAAAAACACGACGAAGCAAUUAGAGCGAAUAUGAAGUACACACACGCCCUCGUUUCACGAAUUCCACUUUCGUUGCGCACACGAGGCGAAAUCGAGCUGGAAGAGGCAAAAAGUCAGCAUGAGGCUUACGUGAAGCUCCUGCGAGAUCUCGGCUUGGAUGUUAUUGAGUUGCCGCCCGAUGAGGCAUGUCCGGAAUGCGCUUUCGUGGAAGACAUGGCGAUCGUUUGCAACGGAAUUGCACUCAUUACGCGACCCGGAGACCCGAAUCGACAAAAAGAGGUCGAAACAGUCCGCGCUGUGCUAAAGAAGGAACUGGACCUGCCGCUGGCGGAAAUUGCCGAUCCGAAUGCGAAAUUAGAUGGCGGUGAUGUACUUUUCACAGGUCGUGAAUUUUUCGUCGGUUUAUCGAAAUGGACUAAUGAAGCAGGUGCUCGUGCGGUUGCAGCUGCCUUCCCGGAAUACCCUUGUGUACCAAUAAAGGUCGCAGAGCAUCAUCACCUCAAAUAUUACGUGUCGAUGGCAGGUCCCGAUCUCUUGUGUUGCAGCACAUCCAAAGAUUCUCAGGAAAUUCUCAAGCGAAUUGAACGCGAAGCCACCUUUAACUACCAAACGUUGACCUUGAGCGAGGAAAAGGCCGCCAACGUGCUUUAUAUCAACGGCACGUUAGUCCAUCGCAACGUUGAAGAGAUCCCCGUAUCAUCAACGAUAAUUGCUGAAAAAAUCGACAUUCCGCGUCAAAGUCUUCACUUUUCCGAACUCGGAAAAUUCUCCACAGGCCUUACAGCUUGCUGUAUCCUGCUGAAACGUACAAAGCACAUUCGUCAUCUUUAAAUUUUUUCGUCUUCGAGUUUGCUUGAUCGCGCGUUUGUCUCUUGUGUGUUUGAAAAUCAUGUAAUUUUAAGGAAAAAAUCGAGUUUUUGUUGUUAAUCUUAUAAAAAAUUUUAACGAAAGAUGCUUUUCACUGCCAAGCGAAAGCUCAUUAAAGUGAUUAAUUAUU